UUUCUCUCUCUCUCUCAUUCGACCUUUCUUUCUUUCUCCAAAAACUUCGACGACCACCACCAUUUUUCUUUCUUUCUUCUUCUUCUUCUUCUUAUUCACCACCACCAUCACCAUUUCUCCACUACUACCCAACAUCACCUUCAUCACUUUACCCUAACCGUUUCUCAAUUUCUUCAAACGAAUUUCAAGAUCCACACGAUCAACCUCUGUUUUCUCUUCGCGCCAUUUCGUCAAUUUCUGUUUCCAACCAAUUCGAUUUCACUUCCUGCUCAAGGUGUGUGGUUUCCUAUUCACGUCUUUCCCUUCCUGCUUGAUUCUCCUUCUCCAACUUACUUGCAUUCUUCGUUUGGCGUUUCCUUUUCAUUUUCCGUUCAUUUCCCCUCUCCGAGGGGAGGGGGGCCUUAAAGGAAUUGUUUCGCUGUUGGUUAUAUUGUUUUUUUUCUUUUUUAAAAAAUUGGGGUUCUGGUUGACGAAUGUGAUUUAGUGUGGGUGUUGGAAUUUAGUGAUUCUGGAGUUUGAACUCUCAGUCGCUUUUGGAAUUCAGGUUGUCUCUGGAGGUUUGAGUAGGAUUUGUGUGUUGUGGUGAUCUGAAUUUUGAGAGGAUUUUGGGGUUUUUGGUUUUGUUUGAGUUGGUGUUUUGGUGUAUAAUGAUCGAGUAAGAAUGGUGAGGUUUCUGGGACUCGCUCGUGGUGACUCUUAUGAGUCACCACGAGAGAUCGCCUCCAGGGCCACAACGACGAGCGAGAGUGGUGAGAGUGGUUGGCUUAUUCGGUUCUUUGACUCGGCUUUUUUCUGUGAGUGGAUUGCUGUUAGCUAUCUCUACAAGCAUGAACACUCGGGGGUUCGUGAUUAUCUCUGUAAUAGAAUGUAUACGCUGCCUCUAUCAGGUUUGGAGAGUUACUUGUUUCAGAUAUGCUACAUGAUGGUGCAUAAGCCUAGUCCGUCGUUGGAUAAAUUUGUAAUUGAUAUGUGCUCGAAGUCACUUCAUAUAGCUAUGAAGGUGCAUUGGCUUUUAGCUGCUGAGCUUGAUGACUCUGAUGAUACUGAUGGGAUAAGUAGGAUUCAGGAGAAGUGUCAGAUUGCAGCGACAUUGAUGGGUGAAUGGCCACCUCUUGUCCGACCUCAAGGAGAAUCAACGAGCCUGGGAAGCAAGAACCAGGUUUUGAAUAAACUAUUUUCAUCAAAACAGCAGUUGUUUUCUCUUGUGUCUUCUCCACCUGACCGAAGGUCCAUGUCAUUCUCGCCUUCUUCAGGGAACAAUUGGCAUGAAGAUGCUGGUCAAUUGUCGCCUGAUGAGAACAAUAUCUUUAAGAAAUUUAUCCCAAGCCCAAAAGUUAGAGAUGCAUUUCUGUUUAGGAAGUCAGUAGAUAAAGAUGGUGAUGAAACUGAGAAGGAUGGGUUCUUCAAGAGGUUCUUAAGGGACAGUAGAAAUGAUGAUGAUUCAGGUUCUAAGAUUCGAGAUACUCUUCUCUUCAGGAAGUCAUCAGAAAAAGAUGACGAUGAUUCUGAAAGAGAAAGUUUUUUUAAGAGGCUUCUGAGGGACAGUAGAGGAGAAGAUGAGGAUGUGACUUCAAGUUCAGAGGGAUUUUUCAAAAGGUUAUUUCGUGAUAGCAAGAAUGAAUCUUUGGAUAAAAUAGCUUCCAAGCCUGGGUCCAGGGAGGAUGAUGAAAAGGAAGGUUUUUUUCGAAAACUUUUCAAGGAUAAGUCUGAAGAUAAGCGAGAUGCAAAUGACAGGAAUGAAGAUGAUACAAACUCUGAAGAAAAAUGUUCUAAAUCCAGGGAAGAUGAUGAAAAGGAAGGAUUUUUUCGCAAGCUUUUCAAGGACAAAUUCGAUGAUAAAAAUGAUAUCAUUGAAAAGGUUGAAGAGGCCAAUGGGAACGGGGAGGAAGAAGAACAUUCAGAUUUCUCAUUGUUUCGCAGACUUUUUCGUGUGCAUCCGGAGGAGGCAAAGAGUAUGGAAUUGAGUGAAAACAAUAACAUAGAUAGCUUGCCCGAAAGUAGUCGAGGUACGGAAAAUUUUUUCCGUAAGUUGUUUCGAGAUCGCGAGCGUUCCAUUGAAGACUCAGAGCUUUUUGGAAUGAAGAAGCACAAUGAGAAGCAUCCGGGUUCCCCGAGGCAGCGAAAUGAGAAGUCAAAUGUUAAGCCUCCACUUCCAAAUAGCACUGCAUCUCAAUUCAGAAAAGGAGCUUAUCAUGAGUCGUUGGACUUUGUUCACUCUUUAUGUGAGACAUCAUAUGGUUUAGUGGAUGUAUUUCCAAUUGAAGAUCGCAAAAGUGCACUUCGAGAGUCUCUUGCAGAGAUAAAUUUAAAAGUAGCUGAGGCUCAAAAUAAUGGAGGCGUUUCAUUUCCUAUGGGAAGGGGGAUGUAUCGUGUUGUCCAUAUUCCUGAGGACGAAGCCGUGCUUCUCAACUCUAGGGAAAAAGCACCUUACCUAAUAUGUGUUGAAGUACUGAAAAGUGAAGUUCCAAACAACAUGAAGGAUCCAUCCAGUGCUCAGAAGUUAUCUAGAGGAGGAAUUCCUUUAGCAAAUGGAGAUGCAUUGUUACCGAAGCCACCUCCCUGGGCAUAUCCCUUGUGGACAACUCAGGAGGCCUACCGGAAUAGUACUGAUCGAAUGUCCAGUUCUACUGCUCAAGCAAUUGAUCAGGCAAUGUCACAUAAGUCAGAUGCAAAAGUGAAAUUUGUAAGUUUGAAACUUUCUGUGGAGAAGCAACUGCAGAAUGAGUCAAAGAACACUGAAAUAACUGAUUCAGACCCCGGUGAAAUUGUAUCAAGUCAACAUGGUACAACAGAUGUUGUUCAUGGUUCAGGAGCAGCUCGAGGCAGUGACUUGGAGUGGGUGAGAGUUGUGCUCACAGCUGAUCCUGGAAUUAGAAUGCAAGACAUUGAGGUUCAGGGAGCACCACGUCGGAGGGAACACCGCCGGGUCCCAAGUACAGUAGCAAUAGAAGAAGUAAAGGCUGCUGCAGCAAAAGGCGAGGCACCUCCUGGACUUCCUCUAAAAGGGGCUGGUCAAGAUUCAUCAGAUGCACAGCCAAGGGCAAAUGGUAGCACACCCAAGGCCAGUGAUGCCUUAUCUGGAGAACUUUGGUCAGUUAAGAAAGAAAGGAUACGUAAAGCUUCAGAAUUUGGAAAGUUAUCUGGUUGGGACUUGCGUUCUGUCAUUGUGAAGAGUGGAGAUGAUUGCAGACAGGAGCAUCUAGCUGUGCAACUUAUUUCACACUUCUAUGAUAUAUUUCAAGAAGCUGGUCUUCCUCUCUGGUUACGACCCUAUGAAGUACUAGUUACUUCUUCUUACACUGCUCUUAUUGAGACAAUUCCAGAUACGGCUUCACUUCAUUCUAUCAAAAGUAGAUAUCCUGGCAUCACUAGUUUGCGUGAGUUCUUUGUUGCUAAAUAUGAAGAAAACUCCCCAAGUUUUAAACUUGCCCAGAGAAAUUUCGUGGAAAGUAUGGCUGGCUAUUCCCUCGUCUGCUACCUUCUGCAGGUGAAAGAUCGGCACAAUGGAAAUCUGCUAUUGGAUGAGGAGGGUCAUAUAAUACAUAUUGACUUUGGCUUCAUGCUCUCUAACUCACCUGGCGGGGUAAAUUUUGAGAGUGCUCCUUUUAAAUUAACCCGAGAGCUCCUGGAGGUCAUGGAUUCUGAUGCUGAAGGAGUUCCAAGCGAGUUUUUUGAUUAUUUUAAAGUUUUAUGCAUUCAAGGAUUUCUCACCUGCCGUAAACAUGCAGAACGUGUUAUUCUUCUCGUUGAGAUGUUGCAGGACUCUGGAUUUCCCUGCUUCAAAGGUGGCCCACGAACAAUUCAAAAUCUUAGAAAACGAUUUCACCUCAGUUUGACUGAAGAGGUUCUAUUUAAUUUACUUGUGCUCGCAAGUCCUACUGGAUAUUGCAUUGAUAGAAUGCUAACUACAAAACUUUUUCUCACGCAGCAAUGUGUGUCCUUAGUGCUGUCACUAAUCAGUAGCAGCUUAGAUGCGUGGCGUACCCGGCAGUACGAUUAUUAUCAGAGAGUUUUGAAUGGAAUAUUAUGAGGUUAGAUUCCCACGGUGUUUCUGGUUUCUUUGUUUUACCAUUUGAGACUGCCAGCCUAGUGAACCGUUUUGAUUGAGAUUAUAUCUCUAACCAACUAGCAGUUUAAGGCUAGUUUGUUUCUGUUCGGGUGGCUUCAAAGUUUCCCUGGAUGUCAAAAUAGAUUCUUUGCUGUUGGUGCGUAACCUGUUUUUCCUACACGAGCGGAGUGAAUCAGUGAUUUUAUUAGCCGAUGGAAAGUACUGCUGGCUGAUCAACGGCCAGAACAGUAUUGAUUUUUCGACUUUCUCAUUUGAUUUAGUGCAUAACAUGGCUGCUUGCUGGGGAAGCAGAUUCAGCUUCCCUUUCAUACCGUAAAACCAUACCCUGUAUAUAAUAAUUGUGGUUUUCAAUGGAGAAGACAGACUUUGAACUCGCCUGUUGCUGCCCGUACCGCCUGCGCUUAACGACAUUGUGAUUGCUACUACACGUUGGAGUACUUUAAGGCAAAGCAACAGGCAUCAGUGCUAGCACAUCUUUCGCCAAUGGAACGAAAAUCUCUUGCUUGGAUAAAAAGGUUUAUUUUAUCUUUGUUUUGCACUCUUGAGAUGUGCUUCCCAACUCGUCUGAUCCUCUCAACACUUGUUGUACCAAAGAGGUUGUGAUAGAAGAAAGUUUGUUUAGUGCAUCAGUGUCUGUUUCUUGUGCUAUUGAUUUGAAAAAUUCUCUAAUUUGAUCAAAUCAUAUAUGACGAGUUUCAGUGGCAUUGGUAACUGUUCUGUUCCUCAUAUGUUUAUUGUGUUUUAAGUUUUAACAUGAAUACCUUAUCAUAUUGAAAGGGGCAAUCUCUUGUUAUCAGUCUAUGCAAUCAGAUUAGACAAUAGCAUAAACGUUUGGUAUCUCUACUAUA